CCCCAUCCCAUCAACCAACCCAAACCCAAACCCACCCUCCCCAGAUGAGAAUGAACCAAGAAAAUCCACCCCCCAACCCCCCAAGCGAGAACGACAAGAAACUAAACGAAUACCUCCUCCUCCUCCCAGACCACGCCUCCCCGACCACCCUGCCCACCCGCCUAAGGCACCACGCCUCGCACCUCGCGCACAACCGCCCCCACAUCGACGCCCACCGCAUCACCUUCGGCGGGCCGAUGCUCUCCUCCCACACGUACACCGCUGACGACCGACUCGGCCAGCAGAAUAUCAUCGGCAGCAUCCAUCUCGGCCGGGCCGCGGGCGAGGCCGAGGUGUGGGUGAUGGUGGCGGCGGAUCCGUAUGCGACACUCGGGGUGUGGGAUCUGGGGGCGGUGGAGGUGGUGCCGAUGCGGGUUUUGGUU